AUGAAACGGUUCUUUCUGGGCAUAACCCGACAAACAGACAAUUCGAAAGUGGCUCACGAGAAACCUCUUUCUGUGGCGAGGUCCUACUCGGACGACGAUGAACUCGAUGGCAGAUUCAAAGUGAAAUUGAUUUCCAGUCCCAACGAAUCGGCCAGCAACAACAGUAGUACGUUAACAGUUAACGAUUGUCACACUAACUCAAUGUCCGAACGUACAAAUUCUGUCAUGCGUCGACGCAUCAGAAGGCAGCGGCCAGUAUCCAACUUGGUAGCGAAAGCUCGACAGGAACUUUCGACAGCGAUCGAUUUCGACGACGUCAAACAGUUUGAAGCAGUGUUGCUUCGCUACGAAUCAAGCGGUUUGAACCUGGAGAGCAGGGAGCUGGUCGAUUAUUACAGUGGCAAGUCGUUCUUUCACGAAGCUCUCGAGAAAGACAAGAGAGACAUCUGCGAUUAUAUUGCUGCCAAUUGUUCAAUUAGUUACUUGCUGGGCGAUUAUCCGGACAUUGUACGUAGAGAAUCAAAACGCAGAAUGAAAUCGUCCUUGGUGUUCAGGAGAAAGACUUGUUUGCACCUAAUGGUCGAGAAAGGAAAUAAAAAAACUCUAGAUACCGUGAUGAACAGACUUAAAAAGGCUUGUGUGAACGUGGAUGACAACACAAAUGCAUCCUGGCCCAAACUACCUUCGUUCGGAUUCUGCAAAACUCAAAAAGAUUUAGAUACAUUUUUGAACGCCACAGUAACGUUUGAGACAAAAGAUCGCCGGAGAAGAACAGGAACAGCAAUACAUCUGGCCGUUGUGAAUGGACGUUGGCAGAUGUUGGAACUCUUGGUAUCCUACGGCCUGUCCAUCGAUGAGAGAGAUAGUGAACAAGAAACUGCUUUGAUGCUGGCGGUACAGCAGAGCCAAAUAGAGUCCUUAGUUGAAUUAGUUCGGCUCGGAGCAGACAUCAACGCACAAAACAAGCAAGAUUGUGCAGCCCUGCACAUGUCUGUUGGCAAGGAUAACCAAAUGGUAAAAGUUUUGAUCGAUGAAGAGUCAACAGAUUUAAACAUCGAAAGAAUAAAAAAUCCAAGAUGGGCGAUUGAAAUGGCGGCGAAAACAAAUAACGCGCAAGUUGUCGGCUGGUUAAUUGAUAGGAAGAAAGGUAAAGGAGCAGUAUUUAGAGCGAACGUACAUCAAGCUUUGCUGAUCGCAGCAUCUAACGGUUUUGCCGAUGUCUUGUCGACAAUCCUUGAAAGAAAACCAAAAUUAUUAAACAAACCAGAUGAUUUUGGUAAUACCCCGGUGAUGCUUGCUGCAGAUUCUGGCAAAUUAGAAGCAGUUCAACUCUUGGUUGAGAUGCCUGACAUAGACUUAGAUCGCAGAAAUAAUCUCGGCCAAUCUGUAUUUGAUUUGGCGAUGAAAUUAGAAGAUGAGUCGGUUUUAUCGUUUUUACUCGGCAGGGUGAGAUUCAACGAGGCAUUAGAUUGCUUUUACGUGCAUACAGCGGUAUCAAACGGUAAAAUUGAGCGUCUGAAAAUGCUCUUGCUCGAUGACGAUCACCACGAAAGACUUCAUCUACUGGAAGAAUCAACCGAGAAUUCGGUUUACCACACAGCCGCGGCGUUCAAUUCAUCAGAAGUUAUCGACCUUUUCUUAGAUGAGAACGACGACAUCAAAGAUCUGCAAAAUAAAAACUACGAAACAGCCCUUCACGUAGCCGUACGAAGGAAUCACGUUGAAUCGGUCAGAUCACUGCUCAACAAAAGAGUUAGAGUUGAUAUAUUGGAUUCCGAAGGUCAAAAUGCUCUACACGCUGCGGUUACUACACGAGCCACUGGAAUUGAAAUCGUAGAAAUGUUAAUUGAGGCAUUUGAAAAAGUCGAUCCCAUGUUAGUGAAUGAACAAGAAUCCAAUGGCAACACGGCACUACAUCUGGCUGCCAUGUUCAACAAACCUGAAGUUAUUCGCAUAUUAGCAAUGUGUGAUCCUGAGAUAGAAAAUAAAGACGGCGAAACUGCUUUGCACGUGGCGGCCAGAGCUGGAUCGGCUGAGUCUGUUAGGACGCUGCUGGAAUUGUUUUACGGAGACCGUAAAGCAAACAUAGAUAGAAGAGAUGAACUCGGAUUCAGUGCUCUUUAUCGAAGUGCAGAAAAUGGUGAUCGAGAAAAAUACGAACUUAUGUUGCUGUACGGUGCUGAUAUGGCAAUAACAUGUGAGUCAGGACCAAGCAUUCUUCACAGAUUGGUUGAAUGUUGCAAAGCAGAUCCUAAUAAGGCUGAAAAAUAUGUUAGCAUUUAUAAAUCUACCGUGGAGUGGGCUGUGGUUUGGUAUUGUCGCAAAAAAGGUCUCAGAUGCCCUCUAGCGAACACAAAUCAAUUCUACUUGGUUCAACUAGACGCCGUCAGACUGUUAACAUCUGACACACAGUACGAUGGAUGUAAUGUUCUACAAUAUGCGGCCAGAAAAGGAGAAAGUAAAAUGCUUAAAGUUAUUUUAGAAACGGCGAACGUUUACAAAUUUACUAAAUGUAGCCCUUUGAAAAUAGAAAGAACGCAAGAAAGCAUGUCACAUAAUGUAAAGAGCAGUAUUCUCUCAAUAAUGUCAAAUUCAAAUUCUAAAAAUGAUAACCCACACAUGGGUCAAAAUAAUACGAAUAACGGUGAAUUAGCAAAAUUCUUGGAAGAUAAAAACGCACUACCGACGAAUGCAGUUUUGUACGAUGUGACGUUCUUAAUUCCAGGCCACAUUCCUGAUUCUACAAUCAGACGGGAACACCGCGACAGUACAAACAGCGAGGCAGAACAGCGUAGAAGGAGAUCAUCGGCACCACCAAAAUCAAACGUUUCUUGUCUUGAAUAUUUGGUAGAAAGUGGACAGGAAUCAGAUAUCAAUGAAAUUCUUAGCACGGAGCCUUUCCAUUCAUUAGUCUACAAUUAUUGGACCCUGUGUCGCAGAGGAUAUGAAUUGCUAAUGUGGACUCACGUGACUUAUAUGGUUUUGUUGACUUAUUUCGUUAUUCCUGAUAGUUCCUGGAUACAGAGUAGAUUUCAUAAUUUGAGUGAAAAUAUUUAUAGAAAUGGCACGUUGAUUUCAAAUGGAGAGGUAAUAGUAGGUAGCUUAUUUUCAGUAAGGAUUUAUUCUUUCUUCUUAAUUUGGCCUGCCUUGAUAUUCAUUUACGAACUGAUUACGGCUUUACAUUUUAUAGUCCAGUUGCGUUACAAUAAAAACAACAUGUCGCUUCGUUACGAACUACUCGGCCGAUUGAAAAUAGGUGAGAUAACAUCUGGCUUGAUGCGGAUACCAGUCGGUUUGAUGCUUUUCAUAUUUGAUAAUUUAUCUCACAUAUCUUCUUUAGCGUUUGCCCUUUCUUGUGUAGCGUGGUACGUUACUUGCGUAUAUGCAUCCAGUGUGCAGCCGUAUCUAGAGUGUUUAGCACUUCAUUUAGUUUUCGGUUGGUUGCACACAAUAAAUUACGUUAAAGGUUUCAAAGACUGGAAUGCCCUGGCAAGCAUAUUGAAGACUAUACUCAUAAAAGACAUAACUCGCUUUAUUUAUAUAUACAUAUUUGUUUUAAUUAGUUUCGGUUACGCAAUUCACGUUCUCAUUCAAGCAAACAUCCAUUCGAGACCAGAAUUAGCCUCAUCAACCUCUACAAUAUAUUUAACCUUCUACCAAAUGUUGAGCCCUGGUAACGUUUUAGAUGUUACAAAAUCACCGAAUGGGAACGGAACCGAUAACGCCCCGGGUGCUUCGGUAUUGAGAGGAGUGUACGCCACAUAUUCCAUACUAUCCUCUGUCGUCCUGAUGAACAUGCUCAUUGCAAUGAUGAACAGCACUUAUUCAGAUGUUAAAUCAGUCAGAUCCACAGCUUGGAGGUUCGAAAGUUUGAGGAUGGCCUUGUGGAUCGAAAGAAACUUCAAACUAGUCCGAAAGUUGCGACUCAUCAGAUUCAAAGCAAGAUUCGACAAGUGGCAGAACCGUUGGUUCUUAAAAAGGACGCCGGCCGGUGAAUUAAAAAUCAAUUCGGACAUCUUGCUGGGUAAGAUCGAAUCAGACACGCCGGACAAGGACAGAGAUGUACAAACGAGAAGAAAGUCGGAAGAUUUCACGAGAAAGUUGGAAGAUAUGAGGUCGGAGAUAGACAGACUGAACGAAGCUCUGAUGAUGUACGAAGAUAAAACGGCUCGUGUAUUUAAUGGCUUGAACAUGGAACUAAAACACAUCCACGAAUUAUGUCUUGAAUCUUACCAACUCGCCAGAGUCAGCAAUCGCAAAUAA